ACGUCAUCCGGAACCUUUCUCCACUGGUCGGUGUUUAAGUCCGGAAUAUAACGCACACGCAUACAACUAUCACGAUGGCCAGUCUUACUAAAGCUUUAAAACCAAUCUUGGAAAGGCAGUUUGGAAAUACAACAAAGAUCUUUGGCGCAGCAGUCAACAGUCAAAGAGGAAAACCUACAUAUGCAAGACAAACCAUACCUCCUCCUGCCAAGUAUGGAGGCCGGCAUACUGUAACAUUAAUUCCUGGAGAUGGGAUUGGACCAGAACUGCUUAACCAUGUGCGAGAGCUCUUCAGGUUCAGCUGUGUUCCUGUGGACUUUGAGGUGGUGCAUGUAAAUUCUGCAUCAGACAGUGGGGACGACAUCAAUAAUGCCAUUAUGGCUAUUCGCCGCAAUGGAGUUGCUCUUAAGGGUAACAUUGAGACUAGCCACACAAUGCCCCCUAACCACAAGUCACGGAACAAUCUUCUACGCACAAGUCUGGAUCUGUAUGCCAAUAUGAUGCACUGCCAGUCACUUCCUGGAGUUCAGACGCGCCACAAAAACAUCGACAUCAUUAUCAUUAGAGAAAAUACAGAGGGAGAGUACAGCAAUCUGGAGCAUGAGAGUGUAUCAGGAGUUGUGGAGUCUCUAAAGAUCAUCACACGGAACAACUCCCUCCGCAUUGCUGACUAUGCCUUCAGACUGGCCCGAGAAAAAGGUCGCCGCAGGGUCACGGCUGUCCACAAGGCUAACAUCAUGAAGCUGGGGGAUGGGCUCUUCCUGCAGUGCUGUAAGGAGGUGGCCUCUGGAUACCCAGACAUUGAGUUUGAUAGUAUGAUUGUAGAUAACACCACCAUGCAGCUCGUUUCCAAGCCCCACCAGUUUGAUGUCAUGGUGAUGCCUAACCUCUAUGGGAAUGUGGUCAGCAAUGUGUGUGCGGGGCUGGUGGGUGGACCCGGUCUGGUGCCUGGUGCCAACUACGGGCAAGACUACGCUGUGUUUGAAACGGCCACCAGGAAUACAGGAAAGAGUAUUGCCAACAGGAACAUUGCCAACCCCACUGCCAUGCUGCUUGCCAGCUGCCUCAUGUUAGAUCAUCUCAAACUUCAUGACUAUGCCAACAUGAUCCGCGGUGCGAUUCUCACCACCAUGAACGAGACUAGGUUGCACACAGCUGACAUCGGGGGUCAGGGCACUACCUCAGAAGUGGUUCAGUCGAUCAUGAAGAUCAUCCAGAGCAGCGGUCCCCUCACCACUGAGAUCUAAACGCCUUCGGCACAACUGUUCGACAUCAGCUUCUUAAGGACAUCUGCACUUCAUUUUGUGUCUCAAGAACACUGCUUACACUUGAGACAAGAGAUUUAUUCUUGAAUCCAGCAGCUUUUAUGGGGAUCAGGGGAGAGGAUGGUGUUACAUGAAAUACAACAUACUCCAGCGCUAUGAUUGUGGGGUUUCUUGGGCAUAGUGGUCUUUCUAUGGGAACUGCAGAGUUUCUAGAUUUAUCAUAUUGUAUUUGAAAGGUUAUAUUGUUUUAAUGCUAUGCUAAUACAGUAUUUAUGAUGAGGGUCUUGCGUUGGAUUUGUGUUUCUACUGCUCCAUUGCAUUCCACGUUUUAUCCAUUAUUUCCAUGUUAUCCUCAAACACAACAUAUUCAUUUUGGUUUUAUAGCUUUUUAGUUUACGUUGGUCUUAUGCUGCAUCCAGUAAGUUUUGACUUUUAUGUUCCUAUUCUGUCUUUUGAUAUGCAGUGCUUGACAGUAUUUGAUAAGUCUGCAUCUGGCACACUGUCAUCUAUUGAAUUCAGCAUCUACAUUUUCCAUCAUUUGAGUCAGUUUUCAGAUUAGUAUAAUUAGAAUACUGUAAAGAAGUGGUUCUCAACCUUUUGGCUACAAGGCUCCCAUUGUCCACAACAAUAUUCAGUUUUAUUAAACUAUAAAUUUUCUGAUAAAAUGUACCAAAGCUUGGCAUAAAAAGAAAAAUGUAUAAACUAUUUAAAUAUAAUUGUUUGAUUUGAACGAUUUACAUGACUUUUCCAGGUCUAGGAAUCACGCUUUAAAAAUAAAGUUUAAUUUGAAAUAAUUGUUAACAAUUUUAAUUCAUUUACUGGGUUGAGAAUCACCACUGUAAAGGGUUAAAAUAUGGACUGUUGUACAAAUCCUUAAUGGCUCGCUGGUAACAGACAUAAUAAAAUGGUUGUCCUCUUUAAAA